GUGCCUUCAAUUUAUUCUAAUUAUAUUGAUGAAAAUCUCGAAAAUUAAUAAUAAAUUUAUUAUUUUAAACAAUAAUGUCGGAUAAUGAAAUAGACAAUACAUUUAAUAAAAAAAAUACUAAUGAUCAAUCUUCGGAGGAAUUUCGGAAACCUUUAACUGAACUAACUACUGAAGCUGAUAUCCUUGAAGUUAAGGAAUUAAAAGAACAAUUAGAAAAAGAAAUAAUCGAACAAUCAUUGACGACAACCGGAUUGAAUAAACAAUUGGAUUAUUGUAGACAUGUUUUAAACUCAUCUUCAAUUUCAAUAAAAAACAAAUAUACGAACAUUAAUUUGAGAAAUGAUUUAUACAGAUUUGCUGGAAUUUACUGCGUCAAAUCUGACAAGCCAAUUGUGAUAGAAUUCUCAGCAGGAGACAAAGUGACGAGUAAUUCUUUAUUUUCCAUAGAAAUUUUGCAAAUUGAUAAUCAGUAUAAAUUAGGAAAAUGGGUGAUGCCUUUGUCGAUCGAUUUGAAUGAUAUUUUAUCAAAAUAUCCAUUGGAUAAUCCGAAUAAUUUGAAAUCAUUUUUAAAAUGUUGCAAACAUUACAUCGAUUGUUAUAUUUAUCGUCGAAAACAAUACUAUGAUUUAAAGAAUUUUAUUGGAGAUGUAAUGAACUGUUCCAUAGACACCUGUCUUGGAUACACACGAAUUCACUUACACAUGUCAGAAUUACAAUUGAUCGAACUUAGUGAAACAUAUAAUGUUACUCUGUUUAUGGCCUAUAAAUUUAAUGAAACAUUUCCAUAUGUAAUAAGUACUGAACAAAGGGACGAUGAACCUUUGUCGGAAGAAAUUAUUCAAAACUUAAAUAAAUAUUUUAAACCAUUAAAAAAGCUCAACUUAAGAGAUGCAUUUGAAAAAAUGAUUAAUAAUAAUCGCUAUUUUCAUUGGCCGAAAAUAUCUAAGGAUCCUGAUAACAAUAAUAUGCCAUCGAUGUCUCAACAAGAUGAAGAUAGUACAUUGAGAAAAACAAAAAGAGAUUAUCAAAAGAAAAAAAAGAAAAUAAAUUCGGAAAGCAAUCUUGAAAACGAUUUAACUGAUUCAGAAAUCGAAAAUAGUGAUAAAUGCUCGUCGAAUUUGGAAGAGUAUGAGGAACGAUCAAAAUUGAAUGAUAAAAAAAAUAAAAAUGUCGAAGAAAAUUUACAUUCAACUGAAAUGCUCAAAAACAUUGGAAAAAAGAAAAGAAACAAAAAUACGAAGAAAGAGGACAAAAAGUUGGCUGCGAUGAAAACGACACAAAAGCCAAAUGCAAAUGAAGAAAAAUUAGAAACGAUUUUAGAUUUCGAUAAACUCAAUCUUUUUGACAAUUCGAAAAAGAAAUUUGUUGAUAGAAAAAAUACGCCUAAAAGAUCCGCCAAGUGUAUCGAGGAUGGCGAAAAAAUUGAAAGCAGACCAAAACGUCAAUCGAUCUCCAGACAAACAAAAUUACUCGCGAAAGAAUUAAAUAGCAGUUUAAAUAUUACUGAGAAGGAUGAUAAAACGGACAAAAAAAUUUCAGUCAGUAAAAACAAAUUAAAAAAAGAUUUUAACAAAUUAUCUGAAAAAGCUAUCGCAGAUACCACAACAGAGGGUAAGAAAAAUCUUAAUGAAAAAAAUUCAAGUGGAUCUUCGUCGAUAACAAAAUGUUCAGACGAAAAUUUGUUCAAAGAUAAUAUUAAAAAAACUGAUAAAAGUAAAACAACGGAUAUUAAGGAUAAAACAGCUUCGUACAAUGUAAACAAAUCUAAUAAGAAAAUGAUACUUUCUAUGAAGUCAAUAACAGAAUCUAUUGUACCGAUAGAAGAUAAAGAACCUCCGAUGGUAACAACGAAAAUUAAUCUUGAUAAAAUCUUAAGUAGCACACCGAUUUCAGGCAACGUACAAACAAAAUUAUACAAUACACAUUGUUCAGAGAUUAGUGAUAUUGUAACCUUCCCAACGAAAAUAAAAUCAAAGAGAACAAUGACAAAUAUUUCGAAAGAAAAUGAUAAUAAUUCUUCGAACACCGAUGAUAACGAAGAUGAACAAUUUAAUGAAGUACAAACAAAGGAAUUAUUGGAAGAUAUUGAACUAGCACAUAAGACAUUAAAAAAGAAAGACGAGAAAACACAUAAUAUUCGUAUGAAAAAAAAUAAACAAAAAGGUGUUAAACAAACGAAUAGACAAAAAAAAAAUAAGGAAAUGAUCAUGUGACUAUUGGAUCUUUUUUUUUAUGUGAUUAUUCAAUGAAAUCGAGUUAAUUUAUGACGUUCAUUUUUAUU